AUGGAGGCUCUUACUGGUAUAAUGAAAAAAGCAGCUUCAGUUGGUCUGUUUAAUGGGAUUAAGAUUAAUUCGGACGGGCUCUCUUUGUCUUAUUUGAUAUAUGCGGACGAUGUAAUGUUCAUUGGGGAAUGGUCGGUUGCGAAUGUUAAUAAUCUUCGGAGGAUUUUGAGGUGUUUUUACUUAGUAUCUGGCUUGAAAGUCAAUUUAGCCAAGUGUAGUAUAUAUGGAGUGGGAGUAAAUGAGGAGGAAGUUCAAAAUAUGGCUCAGCUCUUGAGGUGUAGACAAGGUCUCGGCCCAACUGCCAUUGGGCAGCUACAACAACUGAUGUCCAUGUUAUGUAGCUGUUCUGUGUCUUCGGGCUUGGAUAGAUGGAACUGGAGGUAUGAGACUAAUGGAUCUUUUAGUGUAUCAAGUAUCAAACAGAUUCUUAGCACUAUGGGCCGUGUCAGAACCGGGAGCGUUUUUGAAUGGAACAACUGGGUACCGAAGAAGGUUGGCAUAGUGGUUUGGAGGGCAGAAAUGGAGAGGUUACCGACGAAGUGUGCGCUGGCAAGACGGAAUGUGCAGGUUCCGAAUCUAAUGUGUGCUUUAUGUGGAGAUUACGAAGAGUCAUGUGAUCACUUAUUCGUAUCAUGUCAUUUCGCACAAACGGUUUGGCAAAACCUUGCAGGUUGGUGCAGAAUUCCACCGAUAAUCGCGUUUGGCAUGAAGGAUCUUCUUACACUACACGGUUCAGACCCGGGCUCGAGGAGAAAGAAAGUUAUUCAUGCUGUGAUUCUAGUGGCUUUUUGGAGUAUAUGGAAGAUAAGAAAUGAUGUAGUAUUCAGACAGGCGGUCCCGAAUUUUACGCGUACACUUGAUGAGAUAAAAUCAAUGGCGUAUCUAUGGAUUAAAAAUCGUUCAAAAGUAGCGGCGUUAACAUGGGAGGAUUGGAAUCGUUUUAAUUUAGGUGUUAUGUAA